AUGACGGACAAACGCCUCGAUGCUGAUAAAAUGAUCGAUACGUCAAGCAGUGUCGAUGAAGCCGCAAUACAGAGCGAGGAAAUCGACGAAUUAGCCGACGACGACGAUGACAGAAUGAACGAAAACUCUCAGCGAAAUGGCGAUUUCGAAUCCACUAACGGUGCUCAACCGAAUGAAGAAGAAAAGAUGGUGACUGACGAAUACACCGAGGAUAUUGGGGGGCUACAAAUGCGAGGCAAACAGGACGAGCAGUCGGGAGAUGGGAGUGAGCAUAGUAAUUUAGUAUAUGAGUUUGAAGCUGUUGUUGGACAUUGUCUAAAAACUGACAUUUGA